CAGGACAUGUUCUGAAACCCAACUCAGAUGCUUUUAUCGGGUUGUAUCGCAACAUGUCCGAGUCGUUUCAAUUUGUUGGCUCAUUACAGACACCGUUGUAUUUUGGGUGGAAUUCUACAAGAACCGGCUUUAAUGAAACGGUUGCCAUGACAACAGUCGGUUGGACAACACACCAUGCUCAAGCCAAGAUGAGAUUUAUUUGUCAGAAAAGUUUUGACAGCAAACAAACACACUUUCACGCUUCAAUGAUAUAUCUGAUUGUAAUCACAAUUGGCAUAUGUGGCGCACUGAUCCUUAUAUUUCUGAUCGCUGUAUUCUGCUACUGCAUCAACAGAAAAUCAGCAGAUGAUGUGGGUGAAGAAAAAUUUACAGAAAGUACAAGAAAUUCAUGGGCAUUUAUGACUGCGUAAGGACUUCAGCCAGGG